ACGGCUACUGUUGUUUCUCGUAAACACAAUACGGCGUCGGUCGCCUCCGUAAAAGUUGUCCUAAUCUAAACGUAGACGAUCGCGAUUGUCAGGAAAUUCAGCGGCGAUUUAAACGUAUUCAUAACGUUUACGUUUUGAGAUUGCGCGGCCGUCAGAAGCAACAGGGCCGCUAUUGGGAGUUGCGACGGGGGCAUGCGCGGCUGUCGCGGGCGAGGGGGCGCGGGACGAGCCCGCCGCAGCCUCCACGCUUGUUCUUAAUGAAUCGCCGGUUCCCGCGGCUCGCGCUGCGCUCCGUUCCGAGCGCUCCUUUAUAAAGUUGAGGAGAUUUUCUCGCUGUCUCCCUCGCGCUUCUCUUGCUGCAACAAAUAAACGCGCGGGUGGUCGUGGUCUACGAUGUCCGUUGCACUGGAGAUUCAUUGAAUAGCAACAUCGAAGGAAAAGCAAGAGAUUAUUAUAAUUAACAAUAGCCUUUACAUAAAAAAAAACCUGAAGCGCAGAGGAGGAAACAAUGCUAUUUAAAUUUAUUUAAAAGUCUUGCAAAAGAGCAAAGAGAAGAAUUUUCAAGAAGGCAAUGUGAGACUGGGCAGCAUUUAUAAUCGUGUCCCGUGACGUCAUGCUGAGCGAUAUACCGAGACGCACCAAAGCCGUUUCCAUGGAAACCGGCGGACUACCUCUAGUGUCAACAUUUGCUUUGCUCACUAUUGUCGCAGGUCAACUACAAGGGUCAGGAUAUAACGAGCCGGAGCCAGAAUUUCUGUCGCCCUUAGAAAAUCUGACCGUAGCACAAGGGAGAGAUGUUCAUUUCACUUGCACCGUUAAUCAUUUGGGAACUUAUAAGGUGGCCUGGAUAAAAUCGGACACGAAGACGAUUCUGGCGAUCCACACACACAUGGUGACACUGAACCCGCGACUGUCAGUUACACACAACGGGCACAACACUUGGAAGUUGUAUAUCAGCAAUGUGGAGCCCAAAGACUCUGGUACCUACAUGUGUCAGAUUAACACUGAUCCAAUGAUGAGUCAGAUGGGUCAUCUUUCAGUGGUGAUACCGCCAGAGAUAGCCGAUGAAGAUGGAUCGGAAGCAAGUGCUCCUGAAGGUGGGUCGGUGGAACUGCGGUGUACAGCUUCCGGGGUGCCUGAACCUAACAUAUCUUGGAAGCGGACCUUGGGUAGGAACAUUAUCCUGCGUGACAGUAAUGGACAGGAACUGAAAGUGGUGGACAGCUAUGUUGGUUCAACUCUUGUGCUGAAAGGCCUGCGGCGUUCGGACAUGGGCACCUAUCUGUGUAUCGCAGCCAACGGCAUUCCGCCUACAAAGAGCCGCCGCUACGAGGUCACCGUACUCUUUGAACCUAUAGUUCGGGUGGCGAGUCCAGUUGUGCUGAGAUCAACAGACAUGCAAGUUACGCUGCAGUGCUACGUUGAGUCGUCUCCUAAAUCUCUAAAUACAUGGCAGAGAGGAAAAUCACACAACAGUGGGAAACUUUUGAACAGCUCCAAAUACGUUAUAUCCGAAGAGAUAUUGAACGAGUACGCGUUGCGUAUGAACUUGACUAUAACUCGUCUUAAGAAGAAUGACUUCGGCGACUACACGUGCUCGGCUGUCAACGGAUAUGGAAGAGCAGAUGGAGCUAUUAAUUUAAAAGAAACACCACAGAAGACGACCACAACUACGAGCACAACAACCACGACGACCACGACCACGCGACCGUCCACCACCACAGCGUCGACGACCCGCCCCUCCAAGGUCCACGUGAAGAAGCCGCAUGACCGCGCCAACCAGAACGCGCUGGACGCGGAUCCGCGGCAAGUCGAGCUCAAUAACGCCUUCAACUUUUACAACGUCAACGUUUUCAUUCCCAACACGACUAACAAUGAUUACUCUCAACGAACCGAGAGACAGAAGACUCGACCGACCGGCUCUCCGCGACAUUACAUCUCCUACAGCAGCGCUAACAAACAAAAACUAACUUCACUCGUAUUAUUCAUUCUACUAAAACACAUCGUAUAGACACACUUUGUUUUAUUAUUCAGCUGUUUAAUUAUAUAUAAUAAAGAUGUGGCUGUUGAAUUUUAUAUUGUACUAUUUUGAAGUUGUUGUAAAGUUUUUAACGGUAUUGUUAUGUAAUGUUUAUGAAGAACAUUUAUCGGCCUUAUGACGUGAAUCGAGACAAUAAAACGGUAGCGGCUCUAAAUGUCGAACCGUCUUCUGAUUAAUCUUCAUAUAACUUAUAUACAAAAUAUUUCACAUUAAUAUCAUAUUGUCAUAUCAGAUUUAAUGCGAAUUUUGAUUUCAAAAUGUUUAUCUUAGAUGAAAUAAAAAUAUUUCCUGUAUUACAUUAUUAUUAUUAUUAUUAUUAAACUAAAACUUACGAUGCUUAUUAUAUUAUACUGUUAAUAAUGUGAGGUAAUUAGAAAACGUUAGAUUUGUAUGUGACAAUAAAAUUGAAAAGACAAUAGACUUUAGACGUAAGAUAGCGAACAAUAUACAUACAUAAGUAUAAUAAAUUAGUUUGUUGGGUCAUUGAGACGUUAUUACAAGUGAAAUGACAAUACUAUAUGAUAUACAAUUUGGGAUACUGUUUACAAUGACAGUAAUUACAACGAACAAAUAAAGCAUUAAAAUGUUGUUUAGAAAUUUAAUAAUAAUUUAAAAAAAUGUAGGCGUAGUAGAGAUUUAUUAAUGAAUUUUGGAAAACCACGAUUCUUUUAUACGAUAUUGUAUGGUUUUUUUUUUUUUAAAUAUCGACAACAAUAAUAAUUUAUGCUAGCGUUUUUAAAAAAUAUUUAUAUUAUAAAUUAACACAUAAUAUAUUAACGUAUGUAACAUAAAAAUAUAAGUAAUUAAUUUCUUGGACAAAAUUUAGAUUUAAAAAUAUGAUAUAAUACUCGUUAUUAAUAAAUUUAUGUCUUCCGGUUAGUGUAUUAAAAUGUAAUUUGGCUCAUUCAAAAUUUAUAUGUUUCAAUUGUGGUAAUAUAUAAUAUAUAUUAUAGUCCCUUUUGGAUGAUGCUGAAUGAUGUGUGAGAGUAGACUUUGUAAGUAACGUCAAAGAAUUUAUUGUAGUAUUAUGAAUGUUUAGAGGACGUAUUAAAUUUUAAGCAUGAAACUGUAAAUUGUGCGGAAAAUGUACGAGUAAUGUUGCGUGUCUCGUAAAUAUUAAAAAAAAAUUAAAUUGUAUUUGACGUAUCGAAUAGUUAUUAUGACAAUAAUGUUGCGACAGCUGAACGUUUGUUAGUUUUAUUAAAAUUUGUUCACAGCUUUGAUUCGUAAAUGUAAAAGUUGUUUUAAAUUUCAAACACUAUAUGGUUUGUUAUUUUUAAUUCGAAUAAUGUUUUAUUAAAAUAAAUUUAAUCGAUAAUAAAUAAUGAAAUAGUAAAGAUUAAUACUGUAUUUGUAAAUAUCAGACCCAUGUAAUUAAUAUAUCACUCGAAGUACGUGGGCGAUUAUUUAUCAAUGUUAAAUAUAAGAUGUUAAUAUCAUUUUAUGAUAUUUGAAAAUAAAAAAUGUAAUCUA